UGGGGAGGAGUGGCAGCGGCAAGGCAGCCCAGUUUCGUGAAGGCUCUUGGCGCGCUGCGGCCCGCAGGCACCUGGCACGCGCCUUCCCCGCCGCCAGGAUGCCCAAGAGGAAGGUCAGCUCUGCUGAAGCCGCUGCCAAGGAAGAGCCCAAGAGGAGAUCGGCGCAGUUGUCAGCUAAACCUCCUGCAAAAGUGGAAGCGAAGCCGAAAAAGGCAGCGGCGAAGGAUAAAUCUUCAGACAAAAACGUGCAAACAAAAGGGAAAAGGGGAGCAAAGGGAAAACAGGCCGAAGUGGCUAAACAAGAAACUAAAGAAGAUUUACCUGCAGAAAAUGGGGAAACGAAAACUGAGGAGAGUCCAGUCUCUGAUGAAGCAGGAGAGAAAGAAGCCAAGUCUGAUUAAUAACCAUAUACCAUGUCUUAUCAGUGGUCCCUGUCUCCCUUCUUGUACAAUCCAGAGGAGUAUUUUUAUCAACUAUUUUGUAAAUGCAAGUUUUUUAGUAGCUCUAGAAACAUUUUUAAGAAGGAAGGAAUCCCACCUCAUCCCAUUUUUUAAGUGUAAAUGCUUUUUUUUAAGAGGUGAAAUCAUUCGCUGGUUGUUUAUUUUUUGGUACAACCAGAAAAUAGUGUGGGAUACUGAAUUAUGGGAGGCUCUGAUUGUCUCGGGUGUCAGCUUAACAUUCCAUAGAUGGAGGGUUAGUUUUUAUAUCCUAUAAUACAAAGCAUAUUAAAUGGCAAUAUGGAGUCAGUCCUGCAUUUAAUGUCUUGAACAUUUUAAAUUACUUCUAUUACCAUGUUGUUUUUUAGUAGAAUUGUUUCCUAAAGAAAACCACUCUUUGAUCAUGGCUCUCUCUGCCAGAAUUGUGUGCACUCUGUAACAUCUUUGGUUGUGGUAGUCCUGUUUUCCUAAUAACUUUGUUACUGUGCUGUGAAAGAUUACAAAUUUGAAUAUGUAGUGUACGUGCUAUUGAGUUGUGAACUGGUGGGCUGUAUGUAACAGCUGACCAACAUGUGAAGAUACUGGUACUUGAUAGCCUCUUAAGGAAAAUUUGCUUCCAAAUUUUAAGCUGGAAAGUCACUGGAAUAACUUUAAAAAAUAAUUACAAUACAUGGCUUUUUAGAAUUUCGUUAUGUAUGUUAAGAUUUGUGUACAAAUUGAAAUGUCUGUACGAUCCUCAACCAAUGAAAUCUCAAUUAUGAAAAAAAAAAGUGUAACAUGUAUUAUCCUAACUUCUAAUCUUAUGGAAAUCAGACAUAGGGUCUGUGCCCCUCAAAGCUCAAGUGUCUCAGCACAGGGCCAUACAACUAACACCCCUACUUAUAGGGUUAGAGAUGGCCACUGCUACAGGAACCAGAAUAGCAGGUUUAUCUACAUCAUUAUCCUACUACCACAAACUCUCAAAGGAUUUCUCAGACAGUUUGCAAGAAAUAAUGAAAUCUAUCCUUACUCUACAAUCCCAAAUAGACUCUUUGGCAGCAGUGACUCUCCAAAACUGCUGAGGCCUAGACCUCCUCACUGCUGAGAAAGGAGGACUUUGCACCUUCUUAGAAGAAGAGUGUUUUUUUACACUAACCAGUCAGGGAUACUACAGCGUUUACAGGAAAAGGCUUCUGAAAUCAGACAACACCUUUCAAACUCUUUCAAUGCCUUUCCAACUCUUAUACCAACCUCUGGAGUUGGGGGACAUGGCAUCUUCCCUUUCUAGGUCCUGUGACAGCCAUCUUGCUAUUACUCGCCUUUGGGCCCUGUAUUUUUAAUCUCCUUGUCAAAUUUGUUUCCUCUACGAUCGAGGCCAUCAAGCUACAGAUGGUCUUACAAAUGGAACCCCAAAUAAGCUCAACUAACAACUUCUACCAAGGACCCCUGGAUCGACCCACUGGCCUAGACAGUUCCCCUCUGGAGGACACUACCACUGCAGGGUCCCUUCUUUGCCCUUAUCCAGUAGCAAGUAGCUAGAAUGAUCAUUGCCCAAUUCCCAACAGCAGUUGGGGUGUCCUAUUUAGAGGGGGGAUUGAGAGGUGAAGCCAGCUGGAUUUCCUGGGUCGAGUGGGGACUUGGAGAACUUUUCUGUCUAGCUAGAGGACUGUAAACACACCAAUCAGUGCUCUGUGCCUAGCUAAAGGAUUGUAAAUGCAACAAUCAGCACUCUGUAAAAAUGCACCCAUCAGCGCUCUGUAUCUAGCUAAAGGAUUGUAAAUGCACCAAUCAGCACUCGGUAAAAACGCACCAAUCAGCACUCUGUGUCUAGCUAAAGGAUUGUAAAUGUACUAAUCAGCACUCUGUAAAAAUGCACCAGUCAGCACUGUGUCUAGCUAAAGGAUUGUAAAUGCAACAAUCAGCACUCUGUAAAAUGGACCAAUCAGUGCUCUGUAAAAUGGACGAAUCAGCAGGACAUUGCGGGGAGCCAAAUAAUGGAAUAAAAGCUAGCCACCCAAGCCAGCAGAGGCAACUAGGGUCCCCUUCCACGCUGUGGAAGCUUUGUUCUUUCGCUCUUAAUAAAUCUUGCUGCUGUUCACUCUUUGGGUCCACACCACCUUUAAGAGCUGUAACACUCACCACGAAGGUCUAUGGCUUCAUUCUUCAAGUCAGAGAGACCAAGAACCCACCAGAAGGAACCAACUCUGGACACACAAUGAAGGCUUGACCAUUUUUCAAUAUGCUUAAAGGCUAGAAGUGGGAGUUCAUCAACAACAAGCACAAUAUUUUUUGAGUGUUAUCAGCCUGUACAACACCAAGCCAGAAAUAGCAAAGCAAGGAUGUUUGUUAAAAUAUAGUCACUAUUAGUAAGAAUUUAAAAUAGUUGAUGAAAUUUUUUUCAUAUGAAACACACCACUUUAAGAUUUUCCUUACCAGAUAAAAACUUUACAUUAGUAUUGCUACCUUAAAAUACGCUGCAGUAAUAACAAAGAAAUAUUCAACUGAAAACUCAUGUUUUAUACAAAUGGUCUGAAUUCUUCACUCAUUAUCAGUAAAAAAAAAAAAAAACCAAACCCAAAUUGUUAAAACCCAUUUUCCAGGGAAACAAAAAGCCAACAAACAAACCCAAGACAAAACACUUAAGUAGCUGGCCCAUUCUGGUGGCUUUAAAUGACAACUCAUACACAAUCAACACCUUGUAGUAAGCAUAUUUAUACAACAACCUGUUAGCGACUAUUGCUAACUCAAAGAUAAUCAAGAAGUAUAAAACUAUUGCAAGUUUCCCAGGAAAGGCAGUUCGCAAGCUUGCAUAUGUUCUAAAUAUAGUUCUAGGCUUUUCUCACAACAUUCAGACCCAACUAAUGCUCAGUAACCCUCAAGUGAAAUUCAACGGUCAGGAACAUUCUAAAACUGCUUAUAAAAGCACUUGAGCAAAUAAGGAAAAAAGCACUUUCAGCAUUUAACAUUGUAUUUCUAAUAAUUUGUGUAUGAGUUCACUAAAGCAUAUGUUAAGCUGAUAUUAUGAUUCCGAUUUGUUAAUUACCAAGGGAAACCUCAUGCAGACAUUCCUCUGAAGGCAUCUCAGGCAAACUUACUCCAUCAUUUAUACAGCACUAAUGUUUUGUAAAUGCUGAGGAAAGCCAUUUUCUCAAAGUUGCAUUAUAGACAUAUUAGGAGAGUUUGGACCUGGGCAUCCUGUCUGUUAGCAGGUGAGGAACUUCUAUUUGGAAUUGCUUGCUUUAGUAAUCCUAUAUUUAGAAAGAGAAUGAAUUCCCUGAAGGGGAAUUAAAAAAAAAAAAUCUCCAGCUUCUAGCACUGCUUAGCAAAUCCUGAAAAUUCUAUGUUUGUGAAACAAAAGGAGACAGGAACCUUUCUAAAUAUCUAUAGUCUCUAAGCCUGGUGAAUUAUGCAGAAAAUGCUGAAACACACAGGGAAAACCUUAAGAAGAGCUCUGAAAACUCAGUUUCCACGGUAGGUGGGCUUGCCCCAUAGCUGGUAAGGUGGGAAAUCUAAGCCACCAUCAUUUCUCAGGCUGAUUGCUAAAUCAGAUCCCAAGUGGUCUCCUUUGCUUUCUGCCCUUCCAUGUCUGUAAGUUCACUCUCCACAAAGUAGCUACAGUGACCUUUUACAACACAUAAAUCAGAUGAUGUCACUCUCGUUUAAAAUCCUGUAAUAAUUUCCCAUUACACUUAGAAUAAAAUCUAAAUAUCUCCCAGAGUUCCAGAGAGCCCUGAUAAACAGUGAGCUUGAUGGGGUAGGGAACCCCAGUGGUCUGAUUCACUGCUGUAUUCUCAGUCAGCAUAGCAGCUAGCAUACAGUUGAUGUUCAUUAAAUAUUUAUUGAAUGGGUGAAUGAAGGCGGGAAUAAGAGAAAACUACCAAAACACUGGCAGAGUUUGGGCUUUGGAUAUUAUAAAAGAUACACACAUAGGUAGGUACAGAUGUAUUAUAUUAAUAGAUAUAUAGGUUUUUAACAGAAAUAGACUAUGCAAUUAAAAUGAUAUAUUCAUAAAGAUGUGAUUGCUAAGUGGCACUGUAUAAUAUACUUUCAUGUUUCAUAUACCUCUUUUUUUUUUUUUUUUUUUUUUUGAGACAGUCUCGGUCUGUUGCCCAGGCUGGAGCACAGCAGCGUGAUCUUGGCUCACUGCAGCCUCCACCUCUGAGGUUCAGGCAAUUCUCCUGCUUCAGCUUGAGUAGCUGGUACUACAGGCACAUGCCACCAUGCCCAGCUAAUUUUUGUAUUUUUGGUAGAGACAGGGUUUCGCCAUGUUGGCCAGUCUGGUCUUGAAUUCCUGACUUCAAGUGAUCCACCAGCCUCAGCCUCCCAAAGUGCUGGGAUUACACGCGUGAGGCCACCAUGCCUGGCCUAUUUUUGCAUUUUUUAUAGUUGCAUAAGUCACUUCCAAAAAAAAAAAAAAAAA